CGAAGUGGUGGGAAGGACGGACUCCGAAGGAGCCUGUGUAAUCACUCAAUUCAUGAUUGGUUCGGACUCAUCUUUAUAUUGUUUAUAACGUCGUAUAUCUAGAGCACUUCAGCUGGGAAUAUCUGAGUCUCACCAGUUCACUGAUGACGGUCGUCAGUCAGCAACAUGCAUCAACAUAUGGAGGGAACGACAGCUAACUCAGAAGCCAAUGACUUCCCGAUCUCCGAUGUGAUUGGUGCACUGCAAAACAUUUUGGUACAUUCACGAGUGAUCAUUCCAGACCUUGAAACCCCAUAUUCCACAUUUCCUAAUACCCACCAAUCUGCCAUCGGCCGUGGUGAGAGCAUCAGCGCUGUCAUCACCGAACGUCGGCACCAAUUGAAUGCAGUUUUGCAAGAGGUCUCAGGGCUGGAAAUCGUCAUGGAUAAUAUGAAGGAUCUUUACCAGCAGCUCCUCAAAAAGAGGGCCAAGAUUAUCCACUCCAUGAACUUGCACAGGGGACUCGUAUCGGCACUCUGGUGCUUUCCAUCCGAAGUAUUAUCCCUCAUUUUUGUCCAUUGUCUCCCAGAAACCGAACACUUGUUGCCCUCCUCAAAUUCGGCCCCCAUACUGCUGACCAGAAUAUGCCGAAGGUGGAGGGAGGUUGCUCUAGGGACGUCCAUUUUAUGGUGUGGAGUACAGAUUGUGGACAUCGGUGACGAAGAUCGGCAGCAAGCAGCCUUGUCACGGUGCUAUGGCACAUGGCUCAAGCGAUCGCGAGACCGUUCACUCGCAUUAGCGCUCAAGUGCUUCAAAAAUGAUGCGACCGACCUACGAAACAUUCUUAAGCCUCACACGAGCAAAAUCUUGUCUCUUCAUAUCAUAAUAUUCGUCAACCCCUUCAAUGCCAAUCUUUUGUUAAAUGAUCUCUCGGCACUGCAGGAGCUUACCAUAUCCACAUCUGAUCCUUUGUGGUGCACACCAAGUAUCGUACAAUCCAUCUCGCGACUACCGUCCACCUUGCGCAGGUUCAGGGUAGCUGGGCCAUCCGCAUUCGACUAUGACCGCAUACUAUCUUGCAAUCCCGUAUGGGCCCAUCUGACGCAUAUCGAGAUCGCUAUCUGUCAACCCAACCUAAUCCUCCAGUUGCUCCAGCUAGGUCCCAACCUCUCCUCGAUAGCGAUUGGCCUAGGCUUUUACAACGAAGUUCCAUUAACGUUUGAGUCAUUCACGCACACGAACCUUCAGUCCUUCCGCAUUAGUAAUGCAUCCCCGAUGCGCAUGGGAAAUUUGUUCCCUGACUUGUUCAAUGCACUCACACUUCCUAAUUUACGCGUACUUGAAGCUCGUUAUAUACGGCCGUGGCCACACGAGGAGUUGAAGACAUUUUUGGCACGGUCAAGUUGCCCUUUGGAGAGCCUGAUUUUCGGCACUGGAGUUGCGGCGACAGACGAGCAGCGAGAGGAAUACAUUGUUCUCAUUCCUUUCCUUGACAUAGUAGUAGACCACAGGCGUGGUGGUUACUUUGGAUAUCGCCACUUCGAGAUAACAUCAUGGCAUUUGCGGAAGGAGACAUGACCUGGUGUUGUACGGUUUUUGCGUAGGCCUAGCUACUACUAGUAGUUGUUGCAGAGUAACUUCAGGCAUUAACGAUGUCGUAGGUAGCAUUCGUCACUAGCCUGAUGUUGAGGUGUUGAGUCUCCGAAGUUA